UCCACGGCUGAGGCGGCCCUGCAGCAGCCGAGCCAUAGGCGACAGCUGCAGCCACGCCUUUUGCCGCCACCCAUACCACCGCCGCCUGCGGGCUUUACGUAUUACGAGGAUAUAGACAGUACUAGUGAUCCAGAUGGAGACGAUGACGAUGAUGAUGAUGCGGUCAAUGUACGCGUCUCAUAUGUACAGCAUGCUGAGGUUGUUGCGCAAUUGCGAGAGUGUGGGACGACAACAGCGAAUCUGCGUCGUCGUGCCAACUUGCAGCAGCAUUUGUGGCGUUUGCCUCAGCGCGUAGCGUCGGCCCUCGGACGCAUGUCCUCCAAUCUCAAUUGCUAUCAGCCGACGGCGCUGCAGCGCAACAACCGCGGCACCCAGACAAACAACACAAAGGGCGCCUGAAGCUAAAUUCUAGCUUCAAUUAUACUAAUACUUGAGACAAUCCCAGUGCGUCACGCCAUUUCCGCGCUCAGACACCAAAACAAAUAAUCAUAAAAAUAGCAAACAAAAACUUAGAAAAAAAAGUAAAUGCUUCCCGAAACAUUUACAUGUUUAGCAGUAAUUCAAUCCAAUCAACCAACAAAGCAACAAAGUUCGAAGCCUAUAUGUGUAAAAGUACAUUAAUUAAGUGUAACACAACUUACUCAACUCCAAAUCCAACUACUAUAUAGUAAACAACUCAUUCUGCAUUUGUGUUUAUACAGUUUUGUAAAAGUGUUUUUAUAAUAAUCCAAUUUAAAAUUGA